AUGGAUGAAGCUGAGCAGGACCAGUAUGAAGCUCGCCUCAAGGAGCUCUUUGACAGCUUUGACAGCACAGGCACGGGGUCCCUGGGGCAGGAGGAGCUCACUGACCUCUGCCACAUGCUGCACCUGGAGGAGGUGGCCCCGGCACUGCAGCAGACCCUGCUCCAAGGAAACCUCCUAGGCAGGGUCCAGUUUGAUCAGUUUAAAGAAGCACUUAUCCUCAUCUUAUCCAGAACCCUGUCAAAUGAAGAGCACUUCCAAGAGCCAGAUUCUUCCCCAGAAGCACAGCCCAAGUACAUCAAAGGUGGCAAACGCUAUGGGCGCCGUUCCCUGCCGGAGUUCCAGGAGUCGGUGGAGGACUUUGCCGAGGUGACGGUCAUCGAGCCACUGAGUGAGGAAGCACAUCCUGCACACAUUGCUGCCAGCCAGGAGCACUGGAAGACACGAGGCAGCGAGGAGUAUGAGGCUGAGGGACAGCUGCGCUUCUGGAACCCGGAUGACCUGAACGCCUCCCCUGGUGCCUCACCGAGCCCAGACUGGAUCGAGGAGAAGCUUCAGGAGGUCUGUGAGCACCUGGGCAUCACCAGGGAUGGCCACCUGAACAGGAAGAAGCUGGUUUCCAUCUGUGAGCAGUAUGGGCUCCACGCAGCAGCCGGGGAGAUGCUUGAAGAGGUGCUCCAUAACCUGGAGCAAGAUGGGACCAUGAGCAUAGAGGACUUCUUUUAUGGCCUGUUCAGAAAUGGGAAAUCUCUCACACCUUCAGCAUCUACUCCCUACCGGCAGCUGAAACGGCACCUCUCCAUGCAGUCCUUCGACGAGAGCGGGAGACGCACGACCACCCCCUCGGCCAUGCCCAGCACCAUCGGCUUCUCCCUCUUCUCCAGCCUGGAUGAUGGGAUGGGCUACGGCUGCGUGGAGGGGGUGCUGGACUGCUGGCAUCAGGAGGGCAUAGAGAACAGCCAGGAGAUCCUGAAGGCUCUGGACUUCAGCUUGGAUGGGAAGGUGAACCUGACAGAGCUGACUCUGGCACUGGAGAAUGAGCUGCUAAUCACCAAGAAUGGGGUGCACCAGGCAGCCCUGGCCAGCUUCAAAACAGAGAUCAGACACUUGAUGGAGAGGUUUGACCAAGUGGCCAGGGAGAAGGAGAAGCUGAGAUCAGACCUGGAAAAAGCAGAGAAGCUGAAAUCCCUGAUGGCCUCAGAAGUGGAUGAUCACCACGCUGCCAUCGAGCGCCGCAACGAGUACAACCUCAGGAAGCUGGAUGAGGAGUACAAGGAGAGGAUCGCCGCUCUGAAGAACGAGCUCCGUAGAGAGCGGGAGCAAAUCCUGCAGCAAGCCAAUAAACAGAGGCUGGAGCUGGAGCAGGAGAUUGAAAAGCUGAAAACGGAUGAGAACUACAUCCGGGACCGCCUGGCCCUGGCCCUGAAGGAAAACAGCCGCCUGGAAAAUGAGCUAUUGGAAACGGGAGAAAAACUGGCUGAGUGUGAAAGUCUGGCAAACAAACUGCAAAGGAACUUGGAAAAUGUCCUGGCUGAGAAGUUUGGUGACCUGGAUCCCACCAGUGCAGAGUUUUUCCUGCAGGAGGAGAGGCUGGCCCAGAUGAGGAGCGAGUACGAGCAGCAGUGCAGGGAGCUGCAGGACCAGAUCGAUGAGCUGCACUCAGAGCUGCAGGAGUACCGUGCCCAAGGCAAAGUGCUCAGGCCUUCCCUGAAAAAUUCCUUGUCAGAAGAGUUUGACAUUGACGUGAAGAGUCACGGAAACACUGGGAUUGAGCCUGACCAAGGACUUGGUUCAGAAGACUGCAAUCCAUUAAAUAUGAGCAUAGAGGCAGAAAUGGCUAUUGAGCAGAUGAAGGAGCAACACCACAGGGAUCUGCAUCACCUCAAACAAGAGCUUGAAGACACAGUGAGCCAUUAUGAAAAGCAGCUGGAUGAGACAAAAGCCCGUUGGGAAAAGGAGCAAGAGGAUACAAGGCAGAAGUAUGCUGAGGAGGUGCAUGUCAUGGAAAAGCAGAUCACUGGCCUUAAAAAUCAAAUAGCAGAGCUGCAGGGAGAGGCAGCAGCACUCAGAGAGCAGCAGGAAAAGCUCGACUGUAAAUACAACGAGGAGAAAAACAAAUUACAGAUGUAUUUUGAUGAGGAGAAAGCCAAUCUGCGGGAACUGUUGAGGCAGGAGCAUGAAGAUGAUGUCAGGGCCAGACUGGAGCAGGUGAAUGAGAAGUUCAGGCUAGAACGAGAGGAGCUGAUGCACAACAGUGUCUGGGUGGAAGAAAAAAUGAGAAUUCUGGUGCAGAGACUGCAGGAGGAGAAGGGGGAGCUGGAACGAAGCUUCCACGAGCAGGUGAAGAGGAUGGAGGAGGUGCAUGCCCUGGAGAAGGAGGAGCUCCAGGAAGAGCUGAGGAGGAAGCAUGAGCUGGAGCUGGAGGAGGAAAGGUGUGAGGCCGAGAAGCUCCGCGAGGAAAACGCUGUCCUGAAAACUGAAGUGACUUUAUUAAAUGAGGAAGGGAGUGCUUCCAGCCUGAAACUGAGGGAGCUGAAUGGAUCCAGGGAAGAAAUGAGGCAGAAGAUAGAGGCUGUGAGAAAGGAGAAAGUGGCUGUGCAGAAGCUGGUUGACAACCUGAAAAAGCAGGUGGCAGAUCUGAAAACAAGGAACCAACAGCUGGACUCUGAAAAUACAGAACUCAGCCAGAGGAACUCCAAAAACCAAGCAGAUGUGCAGGAUCUCAAUCAACAGCUAGCAAAGGUGCUCAAGCAAAAGGAAAGGGAAGAGGGGAAGUGUACCUUGGAAGAAUGGGAAAAGGAGAGGCUGCUGCUGAAAGAGGAACUGGAAAACUCUAAAAUAGAGUCAUCAAAUAUGGUGUCAUCUUUGGAGAUGGAGGUGUCAAAAAUGAAGGUUCAAGCUCAUCUACUGGAGCAGGAGAACCACAUCCUCAAGCAGGAGCUGGAGAAGACAAAACAGCUGCCCAGAUGUCCUGAUCUUGCCGACCUUCAAAAUGAAGUUUCAAGUUUAAUCACUAAAAAUGAAAAGCUGCAGAAAGAGAAAGAAGCCCUGAGAGAGGAGCUGAACAGAUGUAUUGAUAAGGUAGCUCAAGUCAGCUGCUUGGAGAGUGCAGUCAAUAGCUUGAAACAGGAGCAGAAAUCCUGGGAGCAGCAGAGUCAGGCACUGAAAGCACAGCUCAGCCUCUCUCAGGACAAGGUUCAGAGCCUCAAUGAAACUCUGCAGAGCACCAACCUCCAAAUGUCCCAGCUGAAAUCCGACCUGCAGGGAACGCAGCAGGAGAAGGAAACUCUGAAACAAGAAGUGAUGGCAUUGCACAAACAGCUGCAGGACACCAGUGAAAAGAACCGGGUUCUGGAAGUGGCUGUGCCUCCCUCAGGGCUGCAGGACCAGCAGGGGCCAAUCCACUGGGAUGAGCUGGAGCAGCCAGAGCAGGAGCAGAGGCUGCUCAGGCAGGAGAACGAGAGGCUGCAGAGGGAAGUGCAGAGCACUAAAACAGACCUGGCUCACUCCAGGGAAAAGAUCCAACAGCUGGAAUCCACAGUCCUUUCCCUAAAGCACCAAAAGCAUCAAAGCCAGUCAGGGAUUGUCAAAGCCAUAGAGCAGGAGAAGCUGAGCUUGAAGAGAGAGUGUGAACAGCUCCAGAAGGAGCUGUCAUCUGCAAACAGGAAGAUCAGUCAGAUGAAUUCUCUUGAACGUGAACUGGAAACCAGCUCAGAAAAUGAAGGGCUAAGAAAAAAGCAAGUCAAGCUGGAUGAUCAGUUAAUGGAGAUGCUCCAGUCCAGGGGGAUGCAUAGCCAGAGCUCCCAGCAGCAAGGCUGUGCCAUGGUGCCCAGGGAACAAUUCCUGCAGCUCCAACAGCAGCUGCUCCAGGCAGAGAGGAGGAGUCAGCACCUCCAAGAAGAGCUCCAGAGCAGACCCUCAGGGACAAACAUGCAGCAGGGGGGUCAUGAGCAGCUUCUAAAAAUGAUGGAAGAGCGGAUGAUGGACGUGGAGCAGAAAUUAAGGCUUGUGAAGAGACUUCUCCAAGAUAAAGUAAAUCAGCUGAAAGAACAACUGUCCAAGAACACGAAGGCAGACGCGAUGGUCAAGGAUCUCUACGUGGAGAACGCGCAGCUGCUGAAGGCCCUGGAGCUGACGGAGCAGCGGCAGAAAACUGCAGAGAGGAAGAAUUAUUUACUGGAAGAGAAAAUUGCCAACCUCAACAGAAUAGUGAAGAACUUGGCCUCCCCCUCCUUCAGCCCAGCAGCAGAGAUCAGGUCAUAGCAAAGCUGUUGUGGGUCACAGCCCCGUGCACUUUACUGAAAUGGGAAUAUUUCAGCUUCUCACUGCGUUGCCUUUUUUUUUUUUUUUUUUACUGAAUGAGUUUUAGUUACAAAUGCAGAGCUGAUGCCCAAACUGGACACUGCCAAAGGAAAAUUUUGUUGGUUCCCAAAUUGGUUUUCUGCUAAGUUUUGCCUAAAAGUAACCAUCACUCUGUAAAAAAAUCCCAAACUUAUGUUUUUCUAGACUAACUUAUUUUGAUGCCUUAGCUUUCAUUUAAAAUCCGAAUUCUGAAUUUCCUGUGUUGCAUCAUCUGGA